GAAGGGAGAACGCGCUCGGAGAAUGGAGCACAUCGUCACCUCUGCUUGCGCAGAGGUCCUGGAGAUUCGGAGCUCGAGGCCGAGGUCGAUUUGCGUGCAUGGGUUCAAUUUGCAAAGCUUGGCGGGUGCCGGGACAUGGAAGCCUCUUCCGCUGCAGGAAGGCCUCGACGGCACUGAAUCACUACGGUCGAAGAGGAAGCGUUCGGCUGAUGGCAUCGACCCCGACCCCGACAUCGACCCCGAGUCCUGCGAUUGCUGCAGAUCUUCCAGUGGCCCACGAGGAAGCCGUCGAGAUCCUCCUCUCUUACCAUCAAGAGACGAAGCAUUCUUUCCACAAAUACGCUCGGGGCCCGAGCGGGCUGGACUGGGCCAAUCAGCCUAACCCGUUUCGCCGCUACGUUGGUGCCCCGGUGAUUCAUCUCGAGCACUUCGCUGAGGACAUCGGAACUCUUCCGUAUCCGGAGGUAGGCUCCGGGCAAGUCGAGCCCCAGACGCUGACGAAAUCUGCCCUCUCCCAGCUCCUGUACGACAGUUUGGCUCUCUCGGCUUGGAAAUCGAUUGGGAAAUCAUCUUGGUCAUUGCGCGUGAAUCCUUCGAGUGGCAAUCUGCACCCGACCGAGGGUUAUGUGAUCAGUGGACCUAUUUUAGGCGUUUCCGAGUGUCCGUUUGUUGCUCAUUAUGCGCCGAAGGAACAUGCUCUGGAAAUAAGGGCGGAAUUUUCUCUCGACUUGUGGGAAAGUCUCGUCAAGGGCUUGCCUGAAGGCUCGAUUCUGGUCGGAUUGACAUCGAUUUAUUGGAGAGAGGCGUGGAAGUAUGGAGAGAGAGCGUUCAGGUACUGCAAUCACGAUGUGGGACAUGCGAUUGGGGCCGUAACCGUAGCUGCUGCACAUCUCGGUUGGAAUGCCCAGCUUCUCGAUGGCUAUGGAACUAGCGAGCUCAAUCAUCUCAUGGGGUUGGCCUCAACUAGCUCAGCUCCUUCAAGAACAGGAUCGGCUUCGUCUUCGCAAUCAAACAAAGGGGUUUUUCCUGGUCUCGAGAGGGAAAGUGCAGAUUGUGUCCUUGCACUUUUUCCCUGGUCUCGGGGUCCUGAAAAUGAGACUCUGCAACUUCCAGUCUUAGACCCGGACGUACUCGUUUCUAAGUUUUCCCAAUUGCAAUUUCUGGGCCAGGCAAACUCACUUAGCAAAGAGCAUUUACGUUGGGAUACUAUAUACACAGCUAGUUUGGCUAGCCACAAGCCUAGCAGCAGAACGAGUGUUCCCGCGCAUGGAUAUGGCUGUCGUUCUGUGCCAGACACGCUAAAAAAUUCUUCGGUUUAUGAGGAUUAUACGGUUCGCCAAGUAGUUCGCCGACGACGAAGUGCAGUGGACAUGGAUGGUAAAUUUGGGAUGCAACGCGAUAAUUUUUAUCAACUCUUACUCAAGGCAACCGUUGGAACUCCUGGAAUGUUUCCUUAUGGGGUUCUGACAUGGGCUCCAGAAGUUCAUUGUGCAAUUUUUGUACAUAGAAUCGUUGACUUGCCGCAAGGCGUGUACUUCCUGGUGCGCAAUGAGGCACAUGAGACGGGUUUGAAAGAAGCCUGCAGAAAGAAUUUUCAUUGGGAGAAACCUGAAGGGUGUCCUCCAGGCUUGCCUCUGUACCGCCUUCUGACGGGUGACGCUCGUGUCCUGGCAGCCCGCCUCUCUUGCAAUCAGGAAAUUGCCGGUAAUAGUUUUUUCAGUCUAGGAAUGAUAGCUCGAUUUCAACCAGUUUUGAGAGAGAGUGGACCUUGGAUGUAUCCACGAUUAUUUUGGGAAGCAGGUGUGCUGGGGCAAGUGUUGUAUCUUGAAGCGACUGCCUUGGGUGUGGCUGCCACCGGUAUUGGAUGUUACUUUGACGACGCAGUGCACGAGCUUUUGGGCCUGGAAGAUAAAGAAUUUCAGAGUCUUUACCAUUUUACAAUCGGCGUACCAAUAAAUGACGGUCGAAUUAUGAAUCUUCCAGCCUAUCCUGGCCCAGCGCAGGAUGCGUAGGUUGACCAUUCUUGUUUAUAAGUGUAACAUUCUGUAUGUAUAUCAAGCACGCGACUACGACUGUUCUUAAUCACAUUAGAGAUUGCUGCCAAUCAUUGAAGGUUGCAUUCAUGAAUUUAAAUGCAGAAAACUUGUACCUAAGUGCUGUGCAGAAAGCAGAGAUAGAGAGCUGAUGAGCUUCUUGUUUACGCCUUUGUAAAGCCUUCCCCUCGUAUGAGUUCGGGGACAUAGUAUCAUCAGUUUAUUUGGAUAACAACCAAACUUGUCGAAGCUUGACUGUUGCGUGCGACCGCUCAGUAUCUGAAGUGAAAUGUACGAGUUUA